AUGCAACAUGCCUUUGCGGUUAUCCAGAGCUUGCUUGAACAGGGAGACCUGCUCGGCGGCGCAGCUCGUCUUAGAGCUCUCAUAGCAUCGCCGACUACCCUGGCAGCACUGGUCGACGAAGCAGGAGAUGGCUCUACCGUGCGAGAAUCCAUUGGUCUCCUGAUGUCUCUUAUGGAUGCUCUAUGGCUUCUCUCGAAGGAUGUCGCUCGUCCCAUCUUCAAGGAGCUAUUGGAUACGCAUUACGCACCAGCUCUCACCCCACCGUAUACUAGUCUACCUGAGGAAACCACAGCGCUUAAUAUUUUCCUUGCUGUUCUUAGCACUCUGGAUACCAUCUUGUCUGAAGAGCUAGAGCUUUCAGCCGGUGGCGUGCCUGUCUCGAAGGCCACUGCCAUUCAACUAAAGAUUAUGGAAGCAUAUCUCGCCCUUAGGCCCUGUGAGCCGGCCCUCGCCAUCUGGGCCGACUUUGUCCUGGUUCCGCUUAUUCUAACGGGGAAGAUAGAUGAAGCCAAAGUCAUUGAGCGCGCCCAUCCAAAGCUCUACCACUUCCCUAAGGGUACGGCCCUGCACGAUCUCGUCUCUACUUUGUAUCCACUGGAUGGAUGA